UGAGCAAAUAUUGUGAAAGAUGCAUAAAGAAGAACACUUUAUUGCAAGAGAAAAAUAACUAAAAAGGAGUUUGAUCAGUGGUUUCUAGAUCACCAAAGAAAUUGCCAGAAAACUUUGAGAGUAGUUCUUGGUCACUGGAAACUGCAGUAGCAAAGAGACUGUUUGGCAGAAGUUUGGAUAACAAUGUAAGGUAUACCACAUUCAUAAAUGAUGGUGAUAGCUCUGCAUAUGAUGCUGUCUGCAGUGAAAACAAUGAUAAAGGACCAUAUGAGGGAGUGAAAGUUGAGAAAGGUGAAUGUAUCAACCAUGUAUUGAAGAGAUUGGGGACAGCACUGAGAAAACUCAGAAAACAAUUGGUAACAGAAAAGAAAAUUAAAAGUGGUAAAAUGCAAAAAAUGAAGAUGUUAGGGAAAGGGAAAUUGACUGAUCAUGUUAUUCAGCAGCUACAAAGGUAUUUCAGCAUCAUGUUGGAAGGACUGUGGAAGGUUUACACAAUGACAUCAUUUCAACCUUCCUACACUGCUUCUCAUCUGAUGAAAACCCACAACAUUACUUGUGCCCAAUGACGAGUGACAGCUGAUGCUUUUAUCAGUGAGCAAUUGCUGGCAGGGAACCACCACCAUCCCACAACACAAUGAGAGUGAAGUUCCAGCUGCUAAGCAACCUCUGUCAAAAAAUUUGGGGCAAGUACAAAAGACUAACUUCAGAUAAGAUCCUGUCUGCAUGUUUGUUGGAAAAAACACGAAACCCCCAACAAGCAUUUACAUUCAAGAGUGUCAUCAAAAACAUCCUUUACUUCACUGCUGCAAUGGCUGUACUGGACUAUAAUGUUGGCUACAAGGAAGGAGACAUUCUUCCAAUUCUGGGAUCGCCACUCACACAUAUCUUGGGCAGGAGAGGGAUGCAGGCAGACUUCAGAAGACUGUGACUGCAGUGGUGUGCUUGCAAAGGCUCAAGGCAAGCAUAGAGACUGCCCUUGGCACAGAAGAGAAUGGGAAGUGCCUCGUCCAAGUUCAAAAAAUAUCUUCAACAUGGCGACGAAUUUGCUGCAAUGCAGGUGUUCCAAAGCUCUCCUGAACUCCGCUCCAAUCUUGAUCCAAGUGCAAGCUAUGGAGAGUCCCACAGCCACAACACUCCCCUGCAUUAUGCUGCCAAGCAUGGCAUGAAACAUUUACUGAGGACUUUCCUUAGUGACCUUGGAGGAAACCCAAACAAGAAAAAUGCUGAUGAUGAAACAGCGGUUCACUGUGUUUGCCGCGUGGGGCAGGCCAAGUCCCCCUCAGCAGAGGACCGACGAGCAGCUUGCAUUGUUAUGAUCCUUCAAUGGCGGGGGCCAUUGCUGCAAGAUGGAGAGAAGGAGAGGGCUCAGCUCAAUGCCCAAGACAAGAAAGGGAACACUGCCCUUCAUUACGCUUCAGCCUCAGGGCUACAGAAAUGUGUGGAGCUCUUGGUGGCUCAAGGAGCGGGACUCUUCCUUGAGAACCGUGACCGUCUCACCCCAUGUGACUUGGCUGUCCGGCUUGCCCACCAUGAUGUGGCCACCUAUCUUGAAUCACGCAUGGUUUUUGCUGACAGCUGUGAUGGCAUCAAUGAGAGUGAGUUGAUUGGCCAUGAGGGAGAGGCAGAAGGAGACAAUGAAGUCUACUCAGGUUUACGUGCUCAGGACCUUCAAGAGGCCAAAGAUCAACUGUUGGUGGAGACAGCAGAUAUGCUUCACAUCCCUCUCUUCACUGCUGAGGCUCUGCUGCGAGACAAUGAAUGGUCCAAGGCUUUACUGCUGGAGAAGUGGAUGACCAAUGCUGUACAGUGCUGUGAAGAGGCUGGCAUUGCUCCUCCUGCCUCUGCACUCCAGCUUGUAGCCUGUUCUCCCCCUCUUCUCACUCCUUCACCACCAAGCUCCAUCAUCACUCCACCUCCUCCCCCACACAUCCCUGGGGGAGUGGUGGAGCAGGAUGAGGUGGGAAGGGAUGUGAAAAAUCUGUGUGAGAUCUGCUAUGGAGAGAUGAGAAGUUGGGAGCUGCAAGAGCAUGGAGGUGCUAGCUGCAAACACCAGUUCUGUGCUACCUGCUGGGAGAGCUACCUCAGCCUCAAGAUCCAGGAAGGCGGUGCACACCAUAUCCUCUGCCCCGCUGUGCGCUGCAACAUUCUUGUUGAUGUUGAUUUUAUUGAGAAAAUGGUUAGCCCAGAGAUAGCACGAAAGUACCUGCAAUUUGAUAUCCAGGCAUUUGUAGAAAGGAACAAGACAAUCAAAUGGUGUCCACUUCCUGGCUGUGGCCGGGCUGUCAAGUUUCCAGAAGCUGAGCUUGAAACACAACCAUUCUACUUCCCAAACACAAAGCCACCACCCAAGACAUCUCAUGCUGUUGACUGUGGAAAUGGACAUUUUUUCUGCUGGGAAUGUCUUGGUGAAGCUCAUUCACCCUCUGGAUGUGAGCAGUGGGUGGAAUGGCAAAGCAAAGUGGCAGAGGUAAAACCUGAGGAAUUGCGCAUUAGCUCAGGAGAGACAGAAGAUGCAGCAAAUUUUCUCUGGUUGGUGACCAACUCUAAGCCUUGCCCCAACUGCAAGAGUCCUAUCCAGAAGAAUGAGGGAUGCAACCAUAUGAAAUGUUCUAAGUGCAAGUUUGAUUUCUGCUGGGUGUGCUUGGAGAGCUGGAAGAAACAUUCCUCUGCCACAGGGGGUUACUUCCGCUGCAACAGAUUUGAUGCACAGAGCAAGGCAGAUGAGAAACUAGGCGUGAUGCUCUCAGAAGCCACCAUGCGCAACCACCAAAUGCAAGAGCUAAACCGCUUCAUCCAUUAUUACACGCGCUUUAAGAACCACCAGAAUUCGCUUAAAAUGGAGGAACCUCUUCUUAAAAGUGCCAGGGACAAGAUGGAAGUAUUGGCGACCUCACUGCCCUCUCAGGAACAGCAAGGACAAGCCUCAGUAGAGAAGGGAACACGCUUUGUAGAGGAAGGGGUGAAAGAACUACUAAAGGCACGCCGAGUCCUUUGUGGCUCAUAUGUGUAUGGCUACUAUUUGGAAGACAAUGGCUAUAACAAGACCAUCUUUGAGUAUAUGCAGAAUGAACUGGAAGAGGUGACAGAAAAGCUGUCAGAGAUGGUGGCCCGACAGUACCUUGUGACUCCCCGCCGUCAGAUCAUUGCCACAACUCUGCUGGCACGACGGCGGCGGCACAAGUUUGUCAGGGCUGUAAGCAGGGGUCUCCUGCCACCAGAGACUCCUCCAGCCUUGCGUAGGGCUCGAAAGAGGAGGCUUCCUGGCUUGGUAGGAAUGGAUCCACCAGAUGAUAUGGAAAAUGUAGAGGCAAUGAGCCGAACACUUGAUCCAUCGCAACCAUGGGUCAAGGACUCCCGUGGCUGCCACACUAACCUGGCGGCCCUCCUUGACUGGCCUGAUUUGGACUCUGAUGAAGAGGAAAGCAACCUGAACCAGGCUCUAACUCUCACACUGUUGGGCAAGUGCAAUCGCAAGGCUUGCCCCCGACCACGGGCACGUAACCCUCGGACAGGUACCAUUCAUGACUACUGUUCCCUCCACUGUGCUCAACGUGCCAAGUACCUCCCAGAACAAGGUGAUGGAGAAUCUUCAUCCUCUUCGUCUUGGGAGGUAUGUGACUCCAGCAUGGAGCUCCUCAUUGCCCUUGAGAUGUCCCGCCUCCAGAUGAUAGAGGAUGAGGCACGGCGGCGACUCUCCUGGCUCCAGGAGCAUUCAAGGGAGCAAGGCUGGGAUGGCUCGGGGGAUACAAGGCCCCAGCAAGGGUGUGUGGAAGGACCUGUCUUACCAGGAACCAGUGUAGCCAACAGUAGCAUCUUCAGUUAUGAAGUUCCUUGUGGUAGCAGGAGUCAGAGUGGUGGGGGAGGAAGUAGUCACAGUGAAGCCUCAGCAUGGAUUCGCCCAGAACUAAGUGAAGGUGCCAUUUCAUAUCAGCCUUCCAGUGCAGAGAUAGCAGUGGAUUACUUCUUAAAAAAACUAGCAAACAAAGAAAUUAGCCAGAGGAAUCUCAAUAUAGAGAAGCGUUGGACAGAGAACAACAAGGUGGAGAAGGAUCUGCUUUGUUUUCCUAAGACAACUGCUCCUGGAGAGAUGGAAGAUGGACUUUUUCAGUAUGGUGACCUCCAUGAAAAUAGUCGCCUGCUUCCACCUCUUGAUUUAAGACGUGACCUGAGACGAUCACAAUCCUUAGGUGAUCUGAAAACGUGUGAGGAGUCAUUGUGUCUUUUUGAUGUUGACCAUGCCCACCAAGAUCAUCCAGAGGAGAGCUUGCGUCGGCAGUUUGCAGCAGUGGCAGCAGCAGCUAGGGUCAGUAUGGAAGAUGAGGGAACUGAGAGUGGUGGGGAUGUGGAAAAUACUGACCCAGGUGGAGCAUCAGAAAUCAUUGGGGACAUGGAUUCUCCACUAAUGGACCUUGAGGUGCGGGGUAUUCUGAGCCACCUGGAAGAGUCCUCAGAUAUUGGUGUAGGAGAGGGUAGUAGUGAAAAGGCUAGUCAGGAACCCUCAUUUCAGCUAGUGGUGGAUGAAGGAACAGACAAGGAUGAGAGCAACUCAACAGAGCAGAGUAGCAGUGCUACUGCAGCCAACAUUAAAGGCCUUCGUAUUCACAUCUCCCAUUCAGCCAAGUUGGAGGGCCAGAGCUCUAAUGAGUAUGAGUCAGAAACAGGAAUCCCCAAUUCUCCAACACUCUACAUUAGUGGUGUGUCCAUUUGUCGUUCUCCUGAACCUCGCUCACCAAAGGUACACCACCGAGAAGCCCGCUCUCCCAGUCUUACCCUCCCUCUCUGUUGCACCCCAGAACCUCGUCUAAGGCUGGAAGGACGUCUGGACACCUCACCACUCCCAAUAUAUAGCCGCUCCCGCUCUUCUUCCCUCGUGGUCCCAAGCUCCUCCAACUUAUCUCCAAGAGUGUGUGCACGAGCAAGUGGUACAUCCCUGCAUCUUUCUUCCCUCUCCCUGCAAGCCACCAGGGCCACAUCCCCGUUCCUCACUGGGGAGCUCAGGGUCUCCCGUUCAGCCUCGGAGCCUGAGAAAGGUCGCUUAGUGUUCCAAUUCCCAAAAUCUCCCACAGAUGGGGCACUGAGUUCAGUGCUUCAUGUAGAAGAGUCGAACCUCAGCUCUGAUGACUUUCAUGAAGCAUUAUUCCUUGGAAAAUCCCCAAAGCCUGUUAAAAAGAAAAGAUCAAAGAAUGAGCGAAACAAGGGGGCCAAAGAGCGAUCCAAGAGUGAAAAGGACGGCAAAGAUAGAGGCAAGGGAAAGGACAAAGCUAAGGACAAUGGAAAAGAGGGAAAAGAAAGAAAAGAUAGCAAGGACAAGAGAAAAACUAAGGAGCUCACCUCCACUGUAUGACUGGGAGAAUACUCAGAAGCUUCAUAGCAGUAACUCUUGCCUAUGUUUGUUUUCUGAUUUAUUCUCUCAGGCUUACCAGUUACUUUUGAGAGAGAGAGAGAGAGAGAGAGAGAGAGAGAGAGAGAGAGAGAGAGAGAGAGAGAGAGAGAGAGAGAGAGAGAGAGAGAGAGAGAGAGAGAGAAUUUAUUUUCUUCAGUUUAUAUCUGAAAUACAAUAAUUUUGAGUUCUAGAUAAAUAAAGGCCCUACUCACAUUUUCGUGAUGAAAUGACAACCUAAGACAUAAACAAUGGCUAAAAAUAGAAAUUCAGGGAGCAUGUAUAUUGCUCAGACAUACAUAUGUAGUGUGUGUGUGUGUGUGUGUGUGUGUGUGUGUGUGUGUGUGUGUGUGUGUGUGUGUGUGUGUGUGUUUACCUAGUUGUAGGAUACUUGAUAUGAGCAUAGCUCAUAUUACUCUGUCCCCAUAUCUGUGUGUGUGUGUGUGUGUGUGUGUGUGUGUGUGUGUGUGUGUGUGUGUGUGUGUGUGUGUGUGUGUGUGUGUGUGUGUGUGCACACAUACAAAAUGGUAUGUUUAGUAUUUUUGGCGCAAAGUUUUCAACUGGAAUUUUGUUAUUAAGAAUUGGAAGAGGAAAUUUAGUAUAUAUAUAUAUAUAUAUAUAUAUAUAUAUAUAUAUAUAUAUAUAUAUAUAUAUAUAUAUAUAUAUAUAUAUAUAUAUAUAUAUAUAUAUAUAUAUUAUUUAUUUUUUUAAGUUUAUCUAAGUUUAUCACAUUAUUGCAACCUUCACCACUGCCUCUGCUCUGCUUAUAUUUUUCUAUUCUUUUUUUUUCAUUAUACAUUUGCACAUUGUGCUCUGAAUUACACAUAACAUGUCUCAUGUUAAUUUGUUUUAUACUCUCUUCUCUUCCUGUGAUAUAUAGUCACAUUGUGUUGCUUUGGGUGUCCUCUUGGUUUGUUUGUUUUUUGUGUAAGUUCAUAUAAAGAUUGUCUGUGAUCACACCUCGAUUGCUGUAUUUUAUAUAUGGCUGCCAGCUUUGUCAGUGUUUUGACCAAAAGCUAUGGCAAGGGAGUGAAUGGAGAGAGAGAGAGAGAGAGAGAGAGAGAGAGAGAGAGAGAGAGAGAGAGAGAGAGAGAGAGAGAGAGAGAGAGAGAGAGAGAGAGAGAGAGAGAGUUUAUGUUCUUUUAUAGAUAGAUAUUUUAUAAGACUUCAAUAUUCAAGGGGAAUUUUCUGAGCAUAUGAAAGGGAGUUGACAUCUGGAAGAUUUGUGUUAGGCAGCAUGAAAGGCAUUGCAUUUUCUGCCAUACUUUUAUCACUCUUGCUGCCUGCUCUGGGUCAGCCCAGUGCUGGACAUAAACACUGUGACCAAAGACCAAAUCACCCAUUGGGGAACUUUUUGGAUGCACAAACUUAAGUGGCUUAACUCUUUCAAUUGCUGCAUUUAGGUGUGUGUCAAAUCUAUCGUCUUUGGCAACCAGAGCCGCUCAGCAAACACUAUUUUUUGUGAUCUUUUAGCUUUGUGUAAGAUGGGAUUUAUGGACUGCUUCACUUAUAUGAAUUCCUCUAAUGCCACAUCUUUUGAUCUCAGACUAACUGCACAUUCUUUGAAAGUUACAUUUCUAGUAAGGGAAAUGAAAUUCUUCUAAUAUCUUUCUGUGAAUGGAAUUUUUAUGCUGUUUAGGAAAGGUAUAGGGAAGAGGGCUCAGGAAGCAGUAUUUAUGUAUAGGCAAACCAGGUUGCAUUUUUGUGAGGUGUUUUGAGCGGGUCUGGAUUGCAUUGGCUUGAUAUCAUUGUCUAGUAAGGUCUGUUCGUCAUGCUACAGAGUGAGAUGUCCUGAAGCUGUCGGACAGAUUAUAUGUUUAGAUUUAUAGGUGUUGAAAUUAAGGAUCUUUAUUUUGGUUUCCUUAAGGAAGGGAGGAAAUAUUUUUAGAAGUAUGUGUCAAAAAUUUUUAUUUCCUUGAUUGAUAACUAAGUCUUUGAGUAAAGUUGCACAUUAAGAACUGGAUAUAUUUGCACAUUGGAAUGGAAUGAGUGAAGCAAUUUAUUUAUUAAUUUUCAUUCUUUUAAACACAAUGUCACUUGGUAUCACAGUGAUUUAUUGGUUGAAUAUAAAUACAUGAAAUAUGAAGAAUGCUGUGUCGUGCUAUCAUGUUUGUGAUGUAAUGGCUUCUGCAGAUAACUUUUUAUGCAUUUUUUAUCCUCUUUGUUGAAAGGGUAGAAUUUUGUCAAAAGCAAACAUUAGGAGAAUCUAGUUUAGAGGAGGAAGUGCCUGUGUUAAGGUUGAUUUCUCCAUGGAGGGAGAUAGAAAGGUGUGCUGAGUUUCAGACUAAUUUUUAUUUCUCACACACUUGCCAGUUCCAAGCUUUUUUCAUAUUAUAUGCAGUAUUAUCACAUGCUUCCUUUCCUGCCAUCUAUGAAAUGGAACAGGAGGGAGGAAGAUGUCAAACUCAAUUGAUUGGUGACAGGUUUUGGUGUUGCCAGUUGGUUGAGGUGUAUUGUGUCACCUCAGUGUUUUCUUACAUGAACCAUAAAUCUUGAUGAACUACCACUAGCUUUGUAUACCUUAGCCAUAUCAUUGUGUGUGUGGGUACCAUUCCUCUGUGCCUGUGUGUAUGCAUUUUAAAAGAGUGGUCUUAUUUUUGUUCCAUUUAUGGGUAUGAGGCAGAAUUUUUCAUGAGGAGAGUGCAGUGUGUUUCUUAAUGAAUUAUUUUAUGCUUAA